ACACAGACACCGACACACACACACACACACACACAGAUAUAUAAAAGGUGACUUCAGGCCUUUCUUCUCCAGGACAAACUUGAGUUUGUUCAGCCUCUCUGCAUCAGGCACCAUUACAGCAAAGAUGGCAUCAGGCUUUCACUUGGCGUUCUUCCUAAGUCUGAUAGGUGGACUGUUGAUUUCAGGAUCAAGGUCCUUCUCAAGUCCAGCCUGUCCUUCUGGUUGGGCUCAGUAUGGCGCUCGUUGUUUCUCCGUUCAAACCAGCAGAAGGUCCAUGGCUGAUGCAGAGCUCACCUGCAUUUCUCUUGGUGGGAACCUGGCCUCAAUCCGCAACAUCCAUGAACACCUCUUCAUUCGAAAUCUGAUUUACCAAAUCUGUCGAUUUUAUGCAACUGCUUGGAUUGGAUUCUAUGAUGCAGUACAGGAGGGAAAGUGGUUGUGGACCGAUGGUUCAAAAACGGUCUUCACACACUGGGGUCAUGGAGAGCCCAACAACGUAGGAGGAGAGCACUGCACAGAGACCAACUUUCGAGGAUACUACUGGAAUGACGUCCCAUGUCACCACAGUAAGCCUUUUGUUUGUGCUAGGAACAUGUGAUCCUGUCCUGUGGAGCGCUAUGACCUCACUUCCACCACGAUGACCUUACUUUGUCCUUGUUCAAAUGAUUCACCUCCAACUUUAAACUUCCAAAUCAAAAUUCUUCCAAAUGAGUAAACAAACUGAACUAUCAUUAUGAUUUUUUUUAAUUUCAGUCUCAAUCAGUGUCAAAACAAACCGAAAAAUAAACUUUCCAUGCAUUUCAUUUCAA